ACUUAGUAGAAACAUAGAUGUAACGAAAAAAACUUGAAUCUAAUGACGUUUAUGACAGCUACAUUUGACACAUUUUCAAUUUUAGAAAUAAACUUGUUGCGACUUGCUUGCCUUUUACUACAGUUUUGUACUAAUUUGUACAUACGUAAAAACAUUUUUUAUGGAUAAUCAUUUACACUCAGUUUUUUAAACCUACAUGUUUAUCGAGUAAAAAUACAUAAAUCAAGACGUAUUAUAAGUGACAGUAAUUGAUUUUUCUUCAAUUCGGCUAUGAAAAGUGUUUAUUGACUGAUUGUUUAUUUUCACAACAAAUAUAUAUCAAAACAAAAAUGAACAAAGAAAAUAAUAGAGGUGCAGCUGGCCUGCGCCGCUCUGCAGUUGCCGAAAGGAUCAGGCUCAGAGAAGAAUGGUCAGCAUUGAAAGAAGUAGACACUGCAACUACUUCAAGACAGGCUGACAGUGCUUUACAGAAGAAGCCAAGUAACACGCGUCACACACCUGGUGUCUCCAGCAGAAAGAAACAACCAGUUAAAUCUAGUCAGAAAAAGGGAAAUCCAAGAUCACUGCAGGCAUCAUGUGAUGCCCUGAAGGGUGUGGUUGCCAUGGUGGAUGUAGGAGCCGAGAGCAAGGCGCUGCCAUUGCGCUGCGCACUGGCGGCCCUCGGAGCUACCGUUGUGGUGGAAUGGAAUCCUCUUGUUACACAUUUAGUCUGGACUGACAGCGGUUGUCGCGCCACCCGCGCCAAGGCCCGCGCGCUGGCCUGCAAGUUGGUGUCCCCGCUGUGGGUGGAGGCCUGCGCCGCCUCCAACGAGAAGCUCAACGAGAGAACGUUCCCGGCUGCGUCACGACAGUCUGAUCUACCAUCCCCGAGGACUUUGAGACAACUUCUGAAAAAAGCAGAAAUGGAGAAUGUGACUCUCGCAGCGUUACUGAACGACAGCAAGGAGGAGGAUAAAGAUGGCCGUCCUCGACUGAGGAUAUCAUCCGACACUGACACUACCAUGGAUAGCUCCAGGGAAACUAUCGACCUAGAGUCCCGAGUAAACACGGCACCCCGUCGUGGCGCAGUGUCGCCCCCUACUCGAGAGCCCCCCAAGUCCCGACGGAAACUGUUCACUCAUAAAGAGGCUGAGGAGAUUGGCAGUACUGAUGAUGAAGCAGAAACACCAUCAAAGAACAAGUUGAACCAAAGCAAGCUGACCCAGCGCGAGCGCCGCGACCUCGCGCGAGCUGAGCGGAUGGCGAAGAAGUUACUCGCCGCCUACAACACGCAACAUAACAGAGUUGUUACGGCUACACAGACUGGGCUGCAGCCUAAGAUUGUACUUACAGGCAUGACUCGCCCCGAACGUCACGCUGUAACUAAGGCGAUCCAAGAGCUCCGCGGCGUCAUACAGAGCCACGUCAACAAGCGAACGAGCCACGUGUUGCUCGGCUCGUGCGGCGUGGCACGUUGCAGCAACCAUCCCGCGAACAUCUCCGGUGUUACAGAGCUGUGCGACCUCAGUAAGACGACGUGUUGGACGAACGUGUCCGACGUGAGAGCGCGGACGGUCGCCGCGUUGCAGGGCGCGGCGCGCGGCUGCAGGCUGCUGCACGCGCGCUGGGCGCUGCACUCGGCCGCCGCCGGCCGCUGGCUGCAGCAUCACGACUAUGAGGUACUGCAUCUGAAGAAGAUUAGUCAGAAAGCUCGAGUAGAACGCACAGCGCUCGGGAAACUACGCUCAGAAUACGCAUACGACGUCUUCUACGGUAUGAAAGUACAUCUAAAACCCGACGCUGAACAAAGAGAGGCUGCUUUGAAACUUCUCACCCUAUGUGGCGCUGCAGUCGACAAUAGUCCCAUAGACAAUAACCCUGACAAUCAAACGAAGGAAACUAGACUUAAUAACUUACAUACACAAGGCAGUGUUUUAAAUAUCCAGUCUCACAAUGCCAAUAUUGAGUCUCAGAAUGCCAAUAUCGAGGCUCAAAUUGCCAAUAUGCAAUCUCAGAAUGCCAAUAUGCAGUCUCAGAAUGCCAAUAACCGUGGAUUAAGUAAUAGGAAUUACGAUGUAGUUAUUGGCGGUGGUGUUGGUGAAGUGAAUUCUAAAUGGGUGUUUGACAGCGUGGCGGCCGCUCGAAUGAGAACUACUAGAAGGUAUAUCAAUAUGAAUAGUUUUACUCAAUGUAAUGGCGGUAGUGAUAGAUAGAUGAUGUCUUAGAUCAUCAACAGCCUAUAAACGCCCACUGCUGAGCAAAACUUCUUCUCACACGAAGGUUUGAGU